UUUUUCCAUUCCCCUUAGUUUUUUUUUUCUCCAAAUGGAGCAGCACUGACAAUUCAUUUUAAACUGGAUUCAUUGUAGUGAUUUGAACUUUGAAGGAAAUUAUUCCAUUUUUAAGUUUCAGUUAAAAUGAAAAUAACGUUUUUAUACAAAUCAAGAAAUGUAAAUUAAAUUAUAGAAUUUAAGUCAUUGAUAAUUAUCUACUCUGCAGGUGUGACGACACAAUAAAGAUUUUUUUCAAAGAAAAAAAAAAAGUCUUGUUUUCUAUUGCGCCCCCUAGUGUCCAGUAGAAUGGUAGCAACAACCGGAACCCGGAUGUUAUCAUCUUUGCUUUUGUUUCAGCAGCAUCCUAAGAAUAGCACUUCUGGUCCUUUUUUUAUUUCACUGAAAACGUGUGAAAAUGUCCAGUUCCUCCAACCUGGUAGCCAUGAGGAAGGUGGUCCAACAGCUCCGCUUUGAAGCGAGCAUAAACAGAGUGAAGGUUUCCCAAGCGGCUGCAGACCUACAGCAGUUUUGCACACAGAAUGCCUUGCAGGACCCUCUGCUCACUGGUGUGUCUUCAAGCACCAACCCCUUCAGGCCGCAGAAGGUCUGCUCCUUCUUGUGAAACCACCGUGUUCAUUUGCCUUCUAGAUGCAACAGGGAAAUGUUGACCUCAACACUGCUCCUCAUGCCAAGCCAUUGUACUGCCACGGGAUCUCUCAAGUGUGGAACACAUUGAAAUCAUUUGAGGAAAAAGAUCUAUUUUCAGCCACAGUAGAAAAUAUGGAACAGUUUUAUUUUUUCAUGGCACAGUGUGAUUUUUAAGUAAAUUAUUGUGCCUUUUCUAUCGUUCUGUUUUAGUCAUUACUACUUUGGACUCUUUUGUAUUAAAUUAAUAAAACCAUUCUUUACUA